CAGACUACAUGGCAAAUGAAACCGUAUGAGGCAGAAAUAAGGAGGCGGCUGUGGUGUAAGAAUACUCCGUUUUAUCUAUCCGUUCGCUCAUGUCAAUCUACUUAGGGACGCUUUUGAUUCUCGACCGGUAGUUUCUUCUACAUUUCGUCUUUGAAUGAGGCCUUACGCUGUUAUCUAGAUUUCAGUGCUUUUACCUGCGUCGUCCUUAUAUCAUACACGAACACGUGCGGCCUUGCUUUCAUUUUGGAGAGAGAAAAUCUAACCUAAUGCAUCUUCAGCAUUGUGAUGUUGCGAUCCCCCUAAAUUUAGACCAACUGGAGCUACGUGAUAUCGCUGACCUUUCUGGGAAAACAUUGGAGCAACCCACCGAUUACACAUUCCAAAUUCUUCAAAUUCACUGGGCUCAAAUCAUUGGGAGAUUAUGGGAUAGAUGUUUUAGC